CCCGGCGCUGCUGCUCCUCCAGCUAAAGGAGCUGCCGCACCUUCCAAGGGCGGAGCAUCCACAGGAAAAGGCGCGCCUGGAAAAGGUAAAGGCAAGAACAAAAAAACGGGUUUUGAUGAGAAGUCCAGCCAACAGUACAUCCUUCCAAAAGAGCCCAUGCGAGCGUUGUGGUGGACAAAGAAACGCAGCGAUAUGCUACCAGACCAACACGUCUGGGCUGAAGUGCCUGAUGUUUAUGCGGAUCUAUUUGUCCACUGUCCUGAAGUAGAGUUAAGGCUCAGCUGUAUUGGGGUUGGUCACUGAGAUCGAAGAAGCGACCCCUUUAGAGAACAGGGGAAAAGGAAGGAAAAGGGGAGAGCUUUGAAGGGGGUCUCCUCCGUUCAGCAUCAGUGACCAUUGAGUGCUGAGCUUUAAUAGAGGAGGCCUUCGUAAAACGAUUUGGCAAGAAAAAGAUAGCAGCAAAAGAGCCAGCGAAAGGCGCUGCUGGAGACGCAAGUGGAGGAGGAGGGGCGGCGAAUGUUAUGACAAAAGUCAGGUGCUGGCUGAAGAUUGCAUACAUUUAUCUGCCUUAUACAUAGAAGUUUCGAACUCUCUCUUUGUCUCCUUCGUAAAUACAUCCACCCAGUACGGUUUCUGUCCCUUCUCUUCUAAGAACCAACGCAGCACCAAAGCGAAACCAAAGUUGUUGACGAUCAUAGAUGAUCCGAUGAAGCAGGGAGGACUUAACGCAGCCUGUAAGACCCUUCCGGAGCCACAAGCAUUGCAGCGCGCGAUCUUAGAUUUGGAUGAUAUUGAAAUCGACGUCAACACUCUGGAGUGGGUACGCCGAGACCUAUGUCCCGAUCCUGCGCAGCUUGCGCAGUUAAAUACACUGCGCAACGAGAACAAAGGAGUACCAUUUGCGAUUCCGGAAACGUAUAUUUAAGAAAUUGAAAGUGGCAUUGGUAUUGGUAGACUAAUUCAUCUUACAUAAUAGUAUGAAAGGGUAGUACCAUCAGAGACCAAUCAAAAAUCUAAUUUCCGCUCGCCAUCGCACACGUCCCUGGUUACCAGCAGCGCUUAGAUUGUUGGUUGUUUGCGCGUACCUAUGAGGAGCGCUCGAAGAAGUGUAUGACGGCAUACCUCGCUUUUCAGGCAGUGAUGCGAAGUUUGCGAGAGAGCCGACAAUUCAAACGGCUGUUGGGUUUGAUCCUGUGUGCCGGUAACUAUUUGAAUGGCGGAACAGAUAGAGGCAUGGCAGACGCCGUGGACCUGGAUGUCUUAACGAAGUUGGAGAGUGUCAAGGACACAGAGGGACGAGUGCUAUCAAGAUGGAUUGUGGAGCAAUUCUUUAUGAGCGACGCGUUUGCGAAAAGUACAACGAGUAGCGCAGCUGCAUCGGCAGGUGGUAAAGGAAAGACCGGCACUUCUGGGAAGAACGGAGUAGCAGCUGUCAAUGGAACUGAAAAGGGAUCAGCAACUUUUUCUACCACGAAAGGCGGCGACGCAAAAGGAGGCUCUGUAUCUUCAAAAGGUGGAGCAAGUAAAGGUGCGGUGAUGUCUUCGCCGUCCUCAGCUAGUGCGCCUUCUCCGAUUGUGUCCUCACCUAGUGGCUCUGCAGAGAAGGAAAACAAUCAGGAGGAUUCACUCAGUCUCAGUACGAGUGGAUGUGCAGCUGAUCACCGUGAGCAGUUGUUCGAGGAGCUUAGGCCCCUGUUUUCUGCAAUUCGAAGAAGAAUAGAGCGCGGAGGUGAUGGUAUUGAGACGUUGUCGAAGCAAGUUUCCGUGUCCAUCGAGGACUAUGAUCAGAUAGCAGAUCAGAUAAAAACGGAAUGCGAGAAUCGAUACGAGAUGCUGCGAGCCUGUCUAUGUCAAUUUGAGGAUCCAGCCGAUAGUUUUAGGACCGUUCUGGCGCCACAGUUUGCGGCGGCUAGCGAAUAUGUGGAUAGUCUCGUACUUUCUUGACCUGUAAACUUUUCCGUAGCCACUUUGCAUCAUGAGUCUCAGGGGUCUUGUCCCGCGUCUCUUGUCCCCUACGACCCUCAACAAAUAUAACAUGUACAACAUUACGCCGAUAUUGCUUGGCGGUGCCCCGCCAGCGUCGGAGCGUAGUGAGCGGCACUCGCGACUCUGUCCGCGCGGUGCCUGCAGCGCAUUCUGCUUGAGGUAAACGAGAAGCUUGCGCGUCUGUGAUUCAGUGGGACAGAUGCAGCGGCGUGCACAUUGCCGGCGCUGCUGGCGAUGACGAAACCACACCCGCAAGCUGCUGGAUCGUCGUCUUCUUCUUCCUUGCAUGCCAUUGCUCCCUCUUCAAGUGGCGGGCCCUCGCUUGGUGAAAACUAGGCGGGUGGAACGUACGCGGAGGCGGAUAAGGUGAAUGCGGCCGAUGUGGAAGAAGAGCCGAAGCCCAAGCAAAAAAGCCCCAUGUAUACGCACACCGCUCGCGGCUCCAAAAUGGUCGAGCCAAUUGGUGGCCUCGCUGAACUGGAUGACAGGACGCGGGCGCCUUCUCAACAGUUGGAACGCUUGGCCAGCUUGGCAGUUGCGUCUUGUAUUGCCCCUGCCGAUUGCCGGCCUUACUGUCUGAAGAAACAGCCCCGCAGGAAUGCGGCUGGUUUCUUUGGAUCGUUUGGCGCGCAGACAGGCGCCGGCCCUGAUGCUAAGGAGGAGGGGGCCACCAUUGUUGGGCCCUUGUUAAGCUUUCAGCCCCAAGGGGGCAACUACCUGACAGCAAACGAAUCCGAUUGCAAAGGGCUACGGGUAUCGCCUCGAAGAAGGGGGCCUUCUUAUGGUCGGCAUUUGGUCAACGACUCGCCCGUCAGGUUCUGCGGGUUUUCACUAUAUUGAAGAAGUGGAGGCUGGUUUGGCCACUGGGGGCCUUCUUCCUGCUGCAUUUCGGUUAGGUCUGGACGUCUUCACUUCGGCACAGCUGGGUAGUGCUUGGCUGGAUGGCGGCGGAUUGUGAAGGCGGAACCAGUGGCACAGAAUCUGCAAGCCAGACAGAGGAGCACUUCCUCGCGGUGCAGUUCUUUCAUUAGCCCAGCGCAUGCGUCUAAGGUCAUGGGACGCCGCGAAAGUACUCGGGGCCGCGGGGCUUCUUGUUCGAAAGUACAGCAGGGAAGAAGGGGGACAGCACUGGAGCGCUGAAGCAAUCGGCGGCGCAAGAAAUUCUCGCGCGUCUGGUCUUGGGGGUGUCUGACAAUUUGGGAGACCAGUGACAGCGGGCAGGUCGCAAUUGAGUUAAUGCCGGAAAGCUGCCGCCGGGUUCUGACGUGGCUGCAGCGGCGCUGGGCGUGUGCACUAGCCAAAGCAUUUGGGUGGGCUGCAGAGAGGACCAGGGCUGCAGCUUUCUGGUGUUUGCAACGAGGUCGAGUAUGGGCGCUUCGCUCGCACAAUGGCGACGGCCACCGCUCAGAUUCAUUCUGCACCAGGCUGGGGAGCUGGGGGCGCUACCUAGGGAGAGCUGACGGACAGCCGGCGCCGUAGGCUGGAAACCGUUCUCGUUCUAUGUCAAUAGUAUGGCGCUUGUUAUAUUUUCUUUCAUGAAGAUACAAGACGGCAAGUACAAACUCGAUGGACAAACUGCCGACGAGCUUACCCAUUUUGGCGCGGCAAGAGUGGAAAGCCUGGAGCAUGUUGAUGCCCAAGUGCCUCGGGGUUACAAUCUGCCACCCGGCAGCUUCAUGCUAGAGCCGCAGUUUUCAUACCGGGAUGAGUCACGGUUGCACUCCGUUCGUUGCAUAUUUGGACUCUCUUACUUGGUGCCCUUGUAUAAAUCCAUCGCAUACACGACAAUCCGAGGCAUUCAACAGGCUGAAGCUUUCGCAACAGGUGAGGGAGAAAAUGACAAAGCAAAGAAAAUUGGGACGGCGUGAGCGUGUCCCAUGAAGUUGACAGCUGGCGUGGGUCUUAUCUAUGAAUCCAAAAGCGCGAAGGGUCUGGGAGGGUGGGGAGAGCAGUCGGCCUUGGUCGCAUUCUCGUCGUUGUAUAUUAAUACACACCCCGCGCCUUGGCUGUCCACUCGUCUGCGCGUUCUUAUUAUGUAGUGUCUGUUUCGCCUCUCUCUUUCUUCUAGCUUUGGCCUUUUUCUAGCGUAAGCGCUAGCUUCGAUUGUUUUUGGCUUGUUUUUAGCAGGGCUAGCUUAGUCUUAGUCAGUCCUUUCUUGAUUAGUCGCCGUCUAGCAGUAGCCGGCCCAACAUUCACACUUUUCCGCUUCGAAGAACUAGAACAAGUUCGUAAGGCUGUCUGCCUCCGUGGUUGUACUUAACAAGACCAACUGAUAACUGUUGGUAAACAUAGGACGUACCUUUUGGAAUUGGCUCAUUGAUGUACUUAGAAACAAAACUAUCCUUGUCCAUUUUCGUAACACCAUCAGAUGGAGAAAAAGCAGACGGUAAAGAAAGAGUACGAAGCACUCUUGAAGUAUUUUACUAUGGGAACUGUAAAAGCGGCGACGAUGAUCAAAAUGAUCGAUGAUAUGCUGGUUCCAGGUACUAGUUGUAAACCAGUACCACUUCAAGCUUUGAUAGAAUAAAACCAAGUUCUGCGUAGACGUUCGUUGCAUUGUGCUGGCCGUGUGCUACUUAGGUAGAUACGACACUAAUGCUACCGCAAUCUCCACUCCAUCCAUCCAGGUGAUCAAAUCACCAACAAGCCGGAGAAGAUGAAGAAGGCUUAUUUUGUACCACAAUUUUGCGGAAACCGCAUACCCUCAGCCGAUUCGGUCAUGGCCUUGUGGGAUUUGAAAGAACCUGAAUUGAGGCUGGACGAUAGUUUGGGUGGUAGCAAGAGAAGAAGUGGGCGCGAGCAUCAUACUGGAGCAAGAAAGACGGAAAAUCGAAGGGGCAUCCGUAAUCGAGGCACUAGUUCUGCCAAGGCAGAAAUUGCGCAUAAAACGAAUGACGCAGUGGAUGAGGCUCUGGUUGGAAAUAAGGGAGAGAAAGAUAAUUCUGGGGAUAAGAAUGCUAAGGAAGCAGAUGCGAGCAGUGGAACUGCUAAUGCGACUGGAUCACCGAGGUCUAGUAUUAUGCCAAAGACUACAUCUGCAGGAAAAGAUGGACAACCAGGUGAAAGCACUUCAUCUGCCAGAGAUCCCGUAACCCCUAUGUCUUGUAGGCGUCGGGGGUCAUGUGAUUUGCUUAGCGCACGUCGUCAGAGCAGGCGGGGAAGUAGGCCAUCUACGUCGCAGGAUCCAGCCAGCAGGAAUACGCAACUCCCCACGCAAGAAGGGGAAGGUAGCAUUGCAAAGACACCUGAGCGUACUUCGCGAAGGCGGAGCGCGAGUCGGUCAGUAGCAAGAAACGCUGAGGAGAGGCGAGCAAGACGGAAGUCUCAAGCCUCGGGGGACAAGGUGGAGACCAAAAAAGUAGCUGGUGUGGAAGUAGAAGAAAAUAGAGAUAACCAAGAGACAACUUCUUCUGCGGAACCAGGUGUUGCUCGUGGCUCUCCUUCAUCUAGCAAUACCACUGGACCUGGUACUACAGGCACAAGUAGCUUCUGUGCAGCGACUUCGAGUAAUUCCUCCUCAACUAGUUCAUCAACAUCAACAAAACAAGGAACCGUCGAACAGGGACCUCGCUCCUCUGUCGUAAACAUCGCACCUGGUAUGCGACGUGGUUCUGCCCUGUUGAGUGCGAGUACCGCUGAUCCUCGAUUUUCUGCCAUAGAUGCUCCUGCUGCAGUUGCCGUGCCUUGUCCUGCUUCAGCUUCCACUUCGGGAGGAGGUGCAACUACCACUGGGAAAAAUGGAGAGAGCAACAACAACGAGAGCGCUCCAGCAAACACGAGCUUGCUGAGUCCAUGCCAACAGACGAGUCAAUUUGUAAGAGCCACAGGGAAUCUUGACGUGACUCCCAAACCUCGGAAGUCUGUAAGGGAUGCGGUUGCGGUGUUGAACGCAGUGUCUCCGAGAAACGCCUAAGAAUGUUGUUGCGUCGGGACAAGGACAUUCUUAGGCGUUCCUCGGAGAGAAGGCCAACAAGGACAAGGUUUGUGUGAUCUCACUCAAGAACGGAAAGCGUAAAAAUCUUGCUAAAUAAAGUUUCUUUGGAUUUUUUUUUUGGAUCUUCAAGAACAAGAGAUGUUGACAACUUCUCCAGUGUGUUAUGUUGAAAAGCACGGAUGUAUGACGAGCACUGAGUGUUUGUAAACUCGGUUUUUCUAUUGGAAUGUCAGAAAAGAGAAAUUGAAAUAGUAAGAGUAACAACAAUCAUUCAAAGCGCAUCGACAGGGGCUCGUAUCUAUACUGGUUCUUUUCUGCUCCUCGCUUUUGUAUAUCGUGAAAAAAGUAUCCCUAUCCGUAUAAUCGCACACGAACCAACACGAAGACCACAUGGCACCGUUACAGUUAAAAAAAUGUCGAUCUUAAUAAAUUGAUUUUGAUUCCUUAUUUUCGUUAGAUCACCAUCACGAUUGGGUAAAAAUAGGUUACUUGUAGUUACUUAUACUUGUUGUAUGCUAUAUUGGAUUUGGAUGUUCGUCGAUAUACCAUAGCGCUGUGUCCGUUCGUUCUGCUUGUUGACACCAACGAAGUGAAGACAGUUGCUCCGGAUGUCCCCCUCAUUAAGCACCUCAAUAUUUAUUAUGAUCUUCUUCACGUUCACACUUUCAAGGUAGAAAAUGUACAAAAAAAGACUGCGAGGG